AUGUCAGAAAGAUCAAGCAAAUCAGAUGAUUCAAAAGGGAUCGGUACUUCCUCAAAACCAGCGUUAAAUGUCUUUGCACAACCUCAUUUCAGAACAAAAACAAAUACUACACGUUUAUCUUUUAAAGAUUUUCAAAAAAAUGUUCCAAAUUCCAAUUUACAAUCUUCCAAUGAUUCUUUACAAAAAUCAAAUUUCUUAUCAGAUAAUCCUUCUUUAGAUGUUUCUUUAUUUUCAAAGAGAUUUUCUAUAAAACAUUCCAAUUCUGAAUCUGAAAUUGAUGAAUCUAUAACUGAGAAAAAUCCACCUAAUUCUUGCAUAACUGUUGAUAAAAAUAUUAAUCAAGAAACUUCAACAAAUUGUGAAUUAAUUAUUUCACCAGAAUUAAAUCCGAAAUGUUCUUCUCCACCUCCUGAUGAAGAAUUAUUACCUCUAAAAUUAGAUAAUACUCUUAUGAAAGAUUUACAAAUUCGUCAAACUCAAGAUGUGGAAAUUGAUGAUAAUGAUCUUGAACCACAUAUAAUACAAAAUUCUCAAGAUGUUAAUUCAUCUUUGAAAGAUGAUCAAAAUCUUUCUUCAGAAAGUUUAUCCUACUCACAUAAUCAACCUGAUAUAUCAUCAAUUGAUGAAUGCAUACCUAUUAAUGUAUCUACUUCGAAUUCCAUAACAUCUUGUCCUCAGGUUAAUUCAAAGAAUUCUAGAAAAGAUUCAAACAUUGAUGACCUUCAAGAAAAAAAUGAAAGUGAUGAUUUGGGUAUUAUAAUUGAAGUUGCUCAAAAAUGGAAAAGCGAGUUUUCUAAAAAGGAUUCAUUGAUCAAAGAACUGCAUGGUGAAAUUCAUGAAUUAAAAAAAAUCAUUGAGAAACGAGAUCAUUCUUUAUCAUUAUAUAUGGAGCGUAUGUUCAUUGUUGAAGCGCUAAUAAAACGCCAGCAAGCUUAUACCGAUCACAAUCGUGAGAGAAUUGAAAAAAUGAAAUCAAAAUAUUACUUAUAUCGUAAUAGUUUGUCAAAUAUGUUGAAACGUAUGGAAGAAGUACGAUAUGAAAAGAGUCGUAUUGAAAGUGAAAUUGAGUCUUUGAAAUGUGAAUUCAAUAAACUCGCUACACAACACAAAUCCAUUUCUGAAAGUCAUGAAUCUAAUUUUCAAUCACAACGGUCUCAAAUCACACAACUUACCGAUCUAAACACGCAUCUCACUGAAGCUAAUACGCAACUCAAUAAUGUCAUUGCCCAACUUCGUCAGUUAGUACAAGAUUCGGAUGCCAAGUCAUCAUGCUAUGCAUCAGAGCUUGAAUCAAUGCGUGAAAAAUUGGAGUCAUUGUUACAUGAACAUGACACGGAAAGAAUAGAACAUAUGAACAAAUGUCAGAAUUUAGAAUCUUUGUUAAAAUUGUCCGAAGACAACAAUAAAACAUUGACGACAAAUCAAAAAGAAAGUGAAGAAAGGAUUAGUGUACUUACAAAGAAUAUUCAACAAUGCCAACAAGAGUUAGAAUUAAUUCGAACAGAAGUAACGCAACUUAAUUUGGUCAUUACUGAGAAGGAUCAACGAAUAUCUUCUUUAUGUAUAUCGGAAACUGAAUGUGAACGCCUUCGGCAAGAGCUUGAUCAAAUUAAGAUUAAUAUGAAGAAUGAUCUCGAUUUACUCCAAAAAGAAUUAGAUGCCACACGUGCUCAGCAAAUUGUCGAACGUCAACGACUCGAAACUGAAUUUCACGAUGAACGACAUCGUUUGCAAACUCAGUUUCACAAAGAACGUUGUCAACUAGAAACAGAAUGGCGUAGUGAACGUACUAAAUUAGAAUCUGAAUGUCGAGAAGAACGUUCUCAACGAUUGCGUCUGGAAUCUGAUUAUCGUGACGAACGUUCUGAACGCUUUCGUGUUGAGGAUGAUUUACGAAAUUCAAACCGAAAAUUAGAGGAAAUGCUUCAAGAGAUUGAUAAUGCCAAACUAAAGAUUUCCCAGUUGGAAGCUCAAUUGAGCGAAAUUGAAUAUAAACAUACAAAUCGGAUAUCUGUGGCUAUUGGAACAACUGAUGUACCAGAUCUUGAUCUUCAAAUACAAUAUAAUAAAGUUAUGUUCAAAUUUGAUCAAGAACAAGCUGACAGUGUAACAAAAAUAGAAGAACUGUCUAGGACUAUGGAGACUUGGAAGUCUAAAGCAGAGUCUCUUGAAUCGCAAUUAGGUUUAAUUUCCUCAAAACACGAUGAAUUACAAAAUGAGCACAAUAAAGUCGUCGAGGAAGUUAUUAACAUUAAUCGUCAG